ACGCAACCUGUCCAGAACCCCCUACAGUUGAAAAUGCUGAAAUUGAAGAAGAUACAAUGAAGAAGUAUGUAAAUGGCGAGAAAAUAAAUUAUCAGUGUAAUGAUGGUUUUGAAAUAGUUGGAUCAGCUGCUGUAACAUGUAUAAAAAAGAAGUGGUCACGCUUGCCAAGAUGUGAAGAUGUAAGAUGCUCUUCUCCCCCUCAAAUUCAAAAUGGUCAAAUUGUUAGUACAAUAAAGGAAACAUAUUUGCCUCAGGAGAAGGUGCAGUAUCGAUGCAACCCACGUUAUGCUCUUCUUGGGACUCCUUUCGUUAAAUGUUUGAAGAAACGUUGGUCAGCAGCACCACGUUGUUCAGAUAUUGGGGGGAAAUGUGGACGCCCACCUCCUGUGGAGCAUGGAGACAUCAGGGACUCACCCAAGGCAAACUAUUUCCAGUCUGAAAGUGUAACUUAUCAGUGCCAAAAUCUCUAUACAUUGGAAGGUUCUCCCAGAGUGACUUGUCAAAAUGGUCAUUGGUCACAAACACCAACAUGUAGAGGUGCUUGUACAGCAAGUGAAGAAGAUAUGAGAGAACACAAUAUAAAGCUGAAGUGGGCCAAUGGGGAUAAAAUAUAUUCCGCAGAUGGAAAUAUAGUUGAAUUUCAAUGUAUAAGACGCCAUAAACUACAUCCAAAUUCCGGGCCAUUAAGAGUUAAUUGUGUGAAUGGGAAAUUUGACUAUCCGCAUUGCAUUCCUAUCUAAGUAAAUGAACAAGAGAACAUAUACAGCAUCGUUGAACCAGAAGAUGAAAGUCUGAAAUCAUAUAUCAUUCUCUUUAAUAUGUUCACAUGAAGCUGGAUUGUAUACAGUUAUAAACAGUGGAUCCAAAUCUAAAAGCCUUUCCAUAAAAGACAAAUUUUACCAACUAUAAUUACUGGGGAAAUGAUAAAUUUCUAGACCUUCUUUAAGCAGAUAAAAUAUUAUAAUGUAACAUUAUAUAUGACAUCCCCUAAACUCCGCUGAAGAUGUUACCUAGUUUGGUAAUGAAAUAUUCAGAUACCAACACACAACCUUGGAGAAUGAACCUCCAACCUCAUAAUGUAACAUUAUAAAUACAUUUUUAAAUGCAUCUGGAAUGAAGAAUGUAGAUUAUUUUCUAUAUAUAUUUUAGCUGUAAACAUUUGGUUAAUCUGAAUUAUCAAUCAGCAGCUCAUUUUAAAGCAAUGACAAUAGAUAAUUGAAAUUGAUGUUUUUACAUAUAGAGGUGUUAAGCUCUUUAAAAAAUAAAAAAAAUCCAUAAAUGAUUUUUACUGUCACACAAUUUUAGUAUAUUUUGUAAAGAUACAUUAAAUACUCCCAUUCACAGUCUAAUCCAAGAUCCAGAAAGAGGGGCUCUGGAAAUAGCCUAAUCUACUUUGAUAUUCAGAAUCUGAUAGAGGUUCAGCCAGAUGGAUUUCUGUAAUUGUUUUUGUUUUGUUUUUGUUUAUUUGUUUUUUACAGUACAAAAUUAUAUAUUUAUAAGUAAUUAAAGAUUAAGAUAAAGUUUAGAAAUUGGCACGGGCUUUCCAAACUACAUUCCUACAAAAGCUGUUAUUUAACACCGAAUGGGCUAGAACUUGCCAUGACUGAUUCAUUGUUCUAUACAAAGUGAACCCAUUCAAAGUGAGUCUUGUAGCAAGUGUUUGAACUAACAAAUUCCUCAUUUUUGUUUACCAUAGACUAACAAGGCUAUGCUUCCUUUAAUGAACAAAGUAAAGGGGACUUCAUAAGGAA